AUGGGGAAGCUCGGAUGCAACAUUGAUGGGAACCUGGAUGAUACAAAGUUCAGCCAGCCAAUGCCAUGGAUGGGCCUCUACGUUGCAGCAGCGUCCCUGGUCUUCCUCAUCACCAUGGCCGCGGAUGUCAUCCAGGGGAUCCGCCAUCGGAAGUUCUGGUUCCCCUGCAAGUUCUCCUCUCUCAACGCUACUUCCCUCACCUUGUUAGCUGUGGCAAUCAAACUCUCGGUGGAUUUAAAUGCAUCGAUGCCCAGCCGGAAGGAUCAGCUUGCAAAACUCGGCAACACUGUCUUCAUCUGUACGGUAAUGAGUAAUUCAAUGCCUUCCCUUGGCACCAUGGAAAACAAGGAAAUGUUCACCAACAUUCUGGCAUUAGGAAUACUUGUUAUCACUGUUAUUGUGAAUAUUUGCAUCCAACUAGCCACCGGAGUAAUCUAUGUUUUCUGGAAAGAACAAGCUUUAAUCCUGUUUAUCAUGCUUGUUCUGCUUCUUCUCUUGAGUUUUUCUGCCUUGACUGUUCCAAACACUAAGCAGUAUCUGGAGCUCAAGUACACUGAAAAGCACCAACUAGCUCUCAAAGAAGGCUUGAAUCAAACCGGGAAACCGGUUGUUGACAAACUUAGAGAAGAUCUCAUGAAGUAUUGGAUGAUGGCUCAUACGGGCAACCCCCAAUUUGUGGUGGGGCGUUCAGUGACAUGCACAGCUUCUGGAGCAUUUUGUCUUCUGAGCCUCGCAACUUUAGCACAAGCAAUGGUUAGAUCCCAGUUUAUGCCAUGGUCAUUUAAAUUUUGCAGCGGAGAGUCUGAUUAUAAGUGGUCCACAACUGUAGUUCUUGCUACUCAGACAGUUGCGGCAGGAGUCGGUACUAUUGGCCCAGCAUGUAGAUGGUUCAUCGCCAUCAAUUUCUCUUGCCCUAACAGAGGAAAUCAAACUGGCAGAAAAGGGUUUAAAGUAGAGAACUACUGGAUCCAGAGCCUAGUAGAGAUGAAAGAGAGCCCAUUAACUUUCAUACGUGUUCGUAACAAGCACUGCAGGAAACUUGCUCAUGAUGCCAAAGAUCAUUUCUUAAACUUGUGUAUUGGAGUGCAGAUUGGACUUGUCUUAAUGAGCAAGGGGAUUCGCCUCAUUUCCACUUUAUUUGUAAGCCGGAUCUUGUACUUCUACGACUGCUGCCGAGGUUUGAAGAAGAAGUUUAUAUUCAACAGUGUUUCAGACACCGAAUCAGUUUCAGAUUCACGGCCUUGCUCAAAGCUGGAUCUUAGCCGUUUUGUUUUGGAUCUCGAAGGGGAGGAUGCAUUGGUUGAGAAGAUGAAGAAAUGCAAUUGGGACCCUACUGAUUAUUGGUUUCGGAUGGGGCAAAAGAGACGACCUAAUUACCUCAUAACACUAUUGAAGAGAUCUACACAUGGAUUCAAGGGAGUGGUGGAGUUUGACAGUAACCAAGUUCCUUCUUUAGAAUCUGAAGAACCGCCAAACUGUUGGGCUCUUCCUGUGGUGACACUAACAUGUAUUGCAGUAACACUUCCAAACAUCAGUCCUACAUCAAUUCAAGAAUUACUAUGUGGUGUGAACGAAGGUCUGACGUAUAUAAGACUCUUAGAAAACAACCUGGACACAAGAGAAGAAUUGCUCAACAUCAGGAGGGCAGCAGAGGGGGUGUGGUUACGAGUGGAACUUUACCGCAAGUGGCUGGAUGUUGAUCUCCAUAAACUGUCCCUUCAAGGAAAAACCCAACAGGAAACACUUCAAAAACUUUCAGAUACUGCAAAGAACAAGCUUUUGGAGUUCCACAAGAAUCACACGCCGCAAUGUUUGAAGCACGGUCCUUCGAAAUGGCCAAUCAAGAUAUUGGCUGCCAAUUCCAUGUAUAGGAUAACUCAAAGUAUGCUGCUAAAGAGACAAAGAGAAAAUGCCCAGAAGGGUGAGAAACUAUUUGAAACAGUAGCUGUCAUGAUCUCUGAUAUACUGGGUGCUUGCCUCACUAACAUGCAACGUUUUAUAUCCAUGAAGUGUUUGAGCAGCGCUAUCGAGGACAGGGAAGACAGCGUGAGACAUGCAGUUGACAUUCUUGGCAAAGCUGAAAAUAUUCUGAAACUUCAAGAACAUGGAGCAUUUCCCUGUUUAGAUCCCUGUCAAAUGGCAAGCAUUGAAGAAUGGCGUUUACUUUACAUGCAAAAGCCCUUGCCUUUCAAUCCUUCUCCGUCAGAGAGUGAGAUAGCUUCUUCAAGCUCAAGUGACCUGUGCCUAAUCAUUGACUAG